GACCGCCGCGGCGGAAGGAAAAAAAAAUGGCGGAGGCCUCAGCAGCUGGGACAGGCUCAGGCGCCGCCCUCGCGGCGCACAGGUUUUUCUGCCACUUUUGUAAGGGCGAAGUCAGCCCCAAACUACCGGAAUAUAUUUGUCCCAGAUGUGAAUCAGGCUUUAUUGAAGAAGUGACAGAUGAUUCCAGUUUUUUAGGUGGUGGUGGCAGCCGGAUGGACAAUACCACAUCAACACAUUUUGCAGAGUUCUGGCGCAAUUUGGACCAUGCGAUGAUUAUACAAGAUUUUAGACCAUUUCUAAGUAGCAGUCCACUGGAUCAAGAUAAUAGACCCACUGAGAGACCCCAAACUCACACUGACUUCUGGGGACCAAGUCGACCUCCUCGGCUGCCAAUGACUCGGAGAUACAGAUCACAAGGAAGUACUCGACCUGAUAGAUCCCCAGCUAUUGAAGGAAUAAUACAACAGAUCUUUGCAGGGUUUUUUGCAAAUUCUGCAGUUCCUGGUGGAUCCCCACACCCUUUUACCUGGAGCGGGAUGCUGCACUCCAACCCUGGGGACUAUGCCUGGGCAACAGGGCUUGAUGCCAUUGUAACCCAGCUUUUAGGACAACUGGAAAACACGGGGCCUCCUCCAGCUGACAAGGAAAAGAUCACAUCUCUUCCAACAGUGACAGUAACUCAGGAACAAGUUGAUACAGGUUUAGAGUGUCCGGUAUGCAAAGAAGAUUACAUAGUUGAAGAGGAAGUCCGGCAGUUACCCUGCAACCACUUCUUUCAUAGCAGUUGUAUUGUGCCAUGGUUGGAACUGCAUGAUGCAUGUCCUAUAUGUAGGAAGAGUUUAAAUGGUGAGGACUCUACUUGGCAAACCCAGAACUCUGAGGCCUCUGCAAGCAACAGAUUUAGCAGUGACAGCCAGCUACAUGACCGAUGGACUUUCUGAAGCUAAAGACCACAUCUGAGCCAGGGUUGUGGUAGUCAUCUUACCACAGCUGUAAAUUGUAUCAACACAAAAAAAAUAGUAGCUGGAUUUAGGGAUCGCAUAAGAAAUCCCAGUCCAUGAUAUUAAUGUAGUGUUUUUCUUUAAAUUUAAAGUUAGUAUCUAUAGAUGGGAUUGUAUCUGCAACCAAAUGCUUCUUAUUCCUGAAUUCAGAAUGAUAUAUUUUAUAAGUGUGAAACUUAAUUAUGUGGGUUUACCUUUGCCAGAAUAGAAUUAGUUCCCUUAAAGUCUAGCUAGAGUUUUGCUCCCUGUCAUAUUAUCUGGUAAUGGAUGUUUUCACCUCCUUGUCCAGCCUUCACCCUAUCAUUAGUGUAUUUUGCAGUAAAUACAGUGGAAUCAGAGCCGUAAAGUCCUUCUGUUUUAAUUGUACAAAAGCAUAUAUUCUUGGCCACAUUAGCUGUAAAUUGAGGUCUGAUUAAUUCAGGAGUCUGAGACUAGUGAUUUUGUUUUUUUCUUGAACCCCUAGGUGUCAAUCAAAGAAAAAUUACAGUGGGAGGGAGAAAGUGGCUAUCAUUAUACUGUUUGGUUUUCCCAUUUUAAUAUUUAAAGACUACUUCAAAAAAUGUGGUUUCCACAGAAACCAACAUGACAUGUCUUAGGGGUCUUCUGUUGGUAAGAAUCUAAUUCUGGUUCUUUUUUGUGAAAGAGCUGGACAGCAUAUAGGCAAAGAACAACAGAUGUUUGAAAUACUUGGUACUGAGGUUUAAUUUCCCUCAAGAAUGACUUCAUUACUGCUUCUAUUCACUGUUUUUAGUAAUUCAUUGGCUUUUAGGAAUUGAGAUUUUAUGUCAUCUCAUAAAUUUUUUUUCCAUUAUAAUUUUUGGUAAGCCCUUUGAUCCUCUCUGAAACCUUUCUGUGUGCUUGGUUCUGGCUAUACUUGGAAUCUAACUGAUUAUUGUGAUCAUGCCCAAAACAACAUGGUCUGUGAGAGGUAGGCCUUAUUUUUUUCAGCCUAACAGUGUCCCAUGUGCAUGCACAUGCUAUUUGGAGCAUUUGAAAAAGAUUAAAAAUGUCCUUGAAACCUCAAGGUCUCCAAAGGAAAUGAUGGGGACAUGUAAUCACUGUUAAUACCCCCAAAGGGUUACAGAGGGGCACUUGUUUGUGUGCUGUUCCCAGCCCUUUAUAUUUUGGAAUGAGCAGAACAAGAAGGCUACUUUUUGGUGAGUCUCUUUUGGCUUGGAGUCUUUUCUCAGUUUUUAUUGAUUAUCAUACACUAAACUGUGAUUUAGGGGGUGAGGGAGGAGGGUUAGAGAUAUCUUUGUACUUUGAUACAUGGUAAAGGGGUAGUGGAGGAAAGAGAGAAAGUAGGAAAGUGGCCUGCUGAAUUAAUAGCCUGCCUAUAAAAAUUGUGACUAUAAAGGUAUGAUUCAGAUUGGGCCCAGAGGAAAUAAAAGAUGUUUUUUUCA